UCGUAGAUAUGUCACUAGUUUUACAAGAAGGGUUGGGAUUCCCCGGUGGAUACCCGGCUUCAUACGUCAAAGAUUGGAAUAAUCGUGCGAUAGAAUAAACAUGUCAUCAGAAGAAGAAAACGAUGAAUUAACGAAUUUGGAGCAAAUUCGAGACAAAAUAUUUAGCCAACCAUGUAUCGAACGCAUGCAAGUGAGUGCCUGGGAAGAUGAUGACGAUGGUGUAGAAGCGGAACGUAAUGCAAGAGAACCUGAUGAAAAAGCUAUGUUAGGUGCUGCUGAAGAGGGAAAUCUAGAAAAGAUUAAAAAACUAGUGAGUAAAAAUCAUCUUUUAUUGGAAUCUACUGACAAAGAUGGCUAUACUCCACUUCAUAGAGCAUGUUACGGCAAUCAUGUAGAAGUAGUAGAGUAUCUGCUGGAAAUGGGAGCAAAAUUAGAUGCUAAAACAUUAGACGAAUGGCAGCCUCUGCAUUCUGCAUGUUGUUGGAACAAUAUUGAAUGUGCAGAAGCCUUGAUUGCAAAUGGAGCAGACAUAAAUGCCAAAAGUAAAGGAGAUCAAACACCUUUACACUUAGUUUCCGCUACUUCUCACAAUUCUCCAGCUCUUCAGCUUCUUCUGUUGCACCCUGACACAAACCCACAUAUAGUAAACUCAAGUGGGGAUACACCAGAUAAGAUUGCAAGGAGGACAACAAUAUAUUAUCCAAUGUUUGAAAUAAUUGAGCCCUGCCUAAAUGAAAUUUGAAACAAAUAUUCUUACACUAAAUAAAAGUGUAAAUAUAAGUUAUGAGUGUUUUAAUAAUUGUAAGUUAUAAUAAGUAUUUUGAUCUGGUAAAUAUAUUUAUUAUUUAUAUAUUUAUUAUACUUAUAUAUAUGUAUGUAUAUUUGUAUACACAUAUGAAAAUCUACAACUGUAUCAGUAAGAGAUUAGAAAAAUGAGUAGAACGUGUAAAAUGCUUCUGUACUACAGAGAAAUGUUAUUUUAUAAAAACAAAUUUAUAAAUAUAAAUUAUUUUAUUAAAUAAA